AUGUCGUUCUGCUGGGGUAUGAAUGCGGAAGCAGACGACUCGAUCGCCAAGCGGAUCUGUUGGCUGCUGACUGAGUGCUGCUUGAGCGCCCACCAGCCGGCCCAGGCGCUGGAGGCCAUCAAGUUCAUCGAAUCCAAGUUCACCGCCAAGCCGGAGGACGCCAGGAAGAAGGACGGCACGCUGACCAGUCUGGCGCUCCGCGUGCAUCGCUACCGGCUGCGCGCCUUCCUGCAGCUGCACAACAUGUCGGCGAAGGCCGCGCCCAGCCGUCACGCCCGUCCCUGUCCGCAGAGGCCGACAGCCAAGGAGCUGUUGCGGCUGCCGUUCAUCCGGAAGGCCAAGAAGACUUCGUACCUGAUCGACUUGAUUGACCGGCACAAGAAGUACAAGAUGACCAAGCAGGACGACUCAGACAGCAGCGAGGAGACCGACUCGGAGGGGUCGCGGAACGACUCCGACCUGGACGAGCCGUGGGUGCCGACCAUCCGCGGCCCGUCGUCGGGCCGCCGCCAGACCGAGCUGGACACGAGCGUCGACAACGGCGGCAAGGCCGACCGCGACAUCGACAGCAUGAACCACAACAACCGGAUACCGCCCCAGGUCAUCACGCAGCUGCAGAACGGCUCGGCGCUGCCGGACGUCUCGCCGCUGACGACACCGACGCCGCGGUCUCCGGAGAAGGAGACGCCGCCGCCGCGCAGUCCGACGCGGCCUACCACGUCGCUCCAGCGGCGACACCGGAACAGCUACCGGGCGCGCGACUCGUCCUCGCUGGCGCAACGCACUGACGCCAUCGACGAGCUGCGCAACGCCUUCGAGCUGGCCGAGCGCAGCGCGCCCGGCAUCAGCGACCAGUUCGUGCAGCAGCUGAUGGUCAAGCUGGUGCCGAGCAUGGGAGAACAGCGCCAGGCCUAG